AAAAAUAAAAAAAAUAAAAAUCUAAUUGUUUUUCCCCCUCAUAUCUAUAUCCUCUUUUCUUACCCUAUCUUUUUGUUAUUCGUCUCUUCUACAAAAGAAACUCCUCUUUGACUUCAAUGGCUUUCUCAAGGGUUUAAGGGUUUUGUUUUUCCACAGAAGAUGACUAUGGUUGAAAAUCGAAAUUAUAUUGAUGGAAUUCCGACUAUUGUUGAUGAAGACUUCGAUGAAUUAUUCGAUUUUUUGGAUUUUCCAUUGGAAAGUUUGGAAGAUGAUGGACUAGGUGUAGAAUGGGAUGCUAGUGAAUCCAAGUUUCUUGGACCGAUUCCUACCGAUGCUCUUAUGGCUUUUCCGCCCAUGCCUCAAGGCAACAUUGGUAACGGUCGGGUGAAUGCAGUGGCAAAUUCUCAUCCUCCUAUCAAAUUUACCGAGGCCCAGGGGACUGGUACUUUCCAGACACAGAGCCCAGUUUCAGUUCUUGAAAGCAGCAAUUCCAGCUCUGGUGGAAAGAGUAUUCCCGUUCGUCCUCGUUCCAAGCGUGCGCGACCUUCAGCUGUUAAUCCUUGGAUUUUGAUGGCUCCCAUAUCUUCUACAAGAAUUGCAUCCAAGAAGAUUUCCGAUGCCAGAAAGGGUAAAGAGAAGAAGCGAAGAAUUUCACUCCUAUCAAGUGCCGAGGAAUCCAUGAAAAACUCUGUUCAGCAGUCUGGUUUUGUCAAAAAAUGCACACAUUGUGAAGUCACAAAGACACCUCAGUGGAGAGAGGGACCACUUGGGCCAAAGACACUAUGCAAUGCUUGUGGGGUCCGCUACCGUUCAGGGCGUCUAUUCCCGGAAUAUCGACCGGCUGCUAGUCCUACGUUUGUUCCAACUGUGCACUCAAACUCUCACAGGAAAGUCGUAGAGAUGAGAAAAAAAUCUCUGUAUGGAGCAGCUGAAGUUGAAGAACCUUACGAGGUGAUGAUGGGAAGAAAGAGAGAAAUUUUGCCAGAACCAAUUGUUAUCGAAGGCCCUCCAAUGUCACCGGCGCCAGAGUUUGUUCCUAUGAGUAGUUAUUUAUUUGAUGUAUACUGAAGAGAUGAUUAUACUUUUAGUUAGGAGCUUAAUUUAGUUUAUUGUUUUAUUUUCGAUGGGGGCAGGGGUGGUUCUGGUGGUAUGGUUACUACUCCUGCUUUAAGAGGUUAAUGUACAAAUGUUGAAUCUUUAGGUGUCUAGGUUAGGUAAUUUGAUUGGAGGUUUAGAAGGAAAAGCUUUGAGUCAUUUGUUUGAUGAAGCAAGUUCCUCUAAUGUAAAAGCUGAACUAGAUAUAUUAGAUGGUUAGGUUUCAUUGGUAGCCCCUGGGUUUGACCUUCAAUAUAUUUUUAUGAGUCUUGGUGUC